AUGGUCUUGCUACGUUUCGCCCCGUCACCGACGGGUGGUCUUCACCUCGGUGGCCUCCGAACUGCUCUAUACAACUACCUCUACGCUCGGAAACUAGGCGGACGGUGGAUCCUCCGAAUUGAGGAUACAGACGCGACACGCGCCGUACCAGGCGCAGUCGACGGAAUCCGUGAAGUGCUGGACUGGGCGGGACUAGAGUAUGACUACGGUCCGGGAAAGGGAGGGCCGCAUGCUCCAUACUACCAAUCUGAACGCCUGGACCUCUACCAUCAAUAUGCCCACAAAUUACUCGAGUCCGGUCAUGCAUAUCGCUGCUUCUGCUCUCUAGACGACCUGGCAGCGAAGCGAGAAAAGCUGGCGCUCUCCGGCUCGAACAUUACCUACGACAAGACUUGCCUGAAUCUCACAGAAGAGGAGGUCGCCAGGCGCGUGCGUGCGGGGGAGAAGUCCGUCAUCCGUCUGAACGAUGGCCGACUGCCAAAACGCCCCAGCCCCUCUGAUUUGAUCUUCAAGCACCUCCGAGAGUCACACGCGUCUCUACCAACCGAUCCCGUCCUGCUGAAGUCGGAUUUGUUCCCCACGUACCACCUUGCAUCCGUGGCGGACGACCACGAGAUGGGCAUCACGCAUGUUCUCCGGGGCGAGGAAUGGAUUGCGUCCUGGCCAUUGCAUCUAGACCUCUAUGCAUGCCUUGGGCUCAAGCCACCGCAGUUCGCUCAUCUCCCGCUCUUACUGAACCCCGACGGCUCGAAGAUGUCAAAGCGAAACGGUGACGUCCAGGUCAUGGACUACAAGCGACGCGGAUGGGAACCCGCCGCUAUCCUGAACUGGCUCGCCCUGGCGGGAUGGGGGGCAGCGCGUGACUCUGCAUCCGAGGCUAGUUCUUCGCCCAAGAAGCAACCUCCGGACAGCACCGCGGUGAUGACAAAGGACGAAAUGGUCCGCGAGUUUGAUCUUGUGCAACUCACACAACGGCAAUCGGUGCUCGACCAGGUCAAGCUCGAGUACCUCAACAAGCACCAUCUCAUGCAGAGGAUAACAAAUCCUGAUGACUUGACCAAGCUGGCUGAAAGUGUACACACCCUUGUCAAGGAGACAUAUCCCCACAGUCCGCAUACGUCGGUGGAAUACAUCAAGCGCGCCAUCAGUGUUAUGCAAAGCCGUCUCGUUUGUCUGACUGACCUGCCGAAGCAGGGAUCGUACCUGUUUGUAGACCCCGACUACUCGAAAGACGAGGCGCAGCGUGUGCGCAGGACUUUCUCGCCUAAAAUCUACGACAAGGUGUUGUUUGACCUCAGCACCGGCCUCUCGGACGCGGACAAGAACUGGAGCGAAUCAAGCCUGUCUACUCUCGUGCACGACCAGUUACGUGGAUCGGGUCUCAACGCGAAGCAGUACCUGCCAAUCCUCCGCCACGCGUUGACUGCAUCAGAGGCGGGCCCUGGUGUCGUGCCGAUCAUGGCCGUGCUUGGUCGUGAGAGGGUAGUGGAGCGCCUCUGCAAGGCACGCGAAUGCGCGAAGGCGUAA